CUCCCUCUAGGUGAUAAAGACUCCCAGGUGAUGGUGACUAGUGUCAGUGGAGGGACUGUUGUCUGAGGAUAUUGCAUCAUAACUGGCAGGAACUUUCUUGGAGCUAUGAAGCCUGAGAGUAGGUCUCAGACUGGUACUACAAACAGUACUCGUAGUACUUGAUAGGGGCUGUGCCACACACAUAUGUUGUGCCAUUUCUCACUGUGCCCAGUAUGCCACAAGGUAAAUCUGUCAUCUCCAUUUUGCAGAUAAGGAGACUGAGGCUAGAGAUGAAGUACUUUGUUCAAGACCACACAGUCAGGGGAUGGUGGGGCCAAGAUCUGGACCUAAGCAGGCCAGUCACAAUGUCCAUACUCCUUACUCCUGUCGUCCAUUGCUAACCCCCACCGAGAGAGUGGCUGCCUGCCCCCGUCCCUAGCCCGACAGCGGGUCACUAUCCACAGUGGCUCUCAUUUCUCAGAAGAGUCCCCUAGUACAACUUCUGGCCUGGAAUGUUGGUGUUCCCAAAGUAGGGGUGACUUUAGAGGGGCCAGCGGGGCAGAGAGCUCAGCAAUCUGAGACCUGGGAUGAGCAAGUCAACAUCCUGGCUGGGUUGGGGGUUGGGGAAACAUCUGUGUGUCAGUGCUGACAAGCGCCUGUCUUUCCUCCCUCUGCACUGGACAGAGCCUCUUCUGUUUCUCUCCAUCUGACCUGUUUCCUCCUCUGGCUCUGGAGUUCCUGGCUCCUCUGCGCCUCUUCUUAAACCCUCAUGUCCUCUCUCUCUGCCUCAACUUGGCCUCCGGAAUGCCCCCCGCUGCUGGGCAGUGAUCCAGCCCCUGCUAUGUGCUGUCUAUAUGCCCAAGUGUGAGAAUGACCGAGUGGAGCUGCCCAGCCGCACCCUCUGCCAGGCCACCCGAGGCCCCUGUGCCAUUGUGGAGCGGGAGCGAGGGUGGCCCGACUUCCUGCGUUGCACCCCGGACCACUUCCCCGAAGGCUGCCCAAAUGAGGUACAGAACAUCAAGUUCAACAGUUCAGGCCAAUGUGAAGCGCCCCUGGUGCGGACAGACAACCCCAAGAGCUGGUAUGAGGACGUGGAGGGCUGCGGGAUCCAGUGCCAGAACCCGCUCUUCACCGAGGCUGAACACCAGGACAUGCACAGCUACAUUGCAGCCUUCGGGGCGGUCACCGGCCUCUGCACACUCUUCACACUGGCCACCUUUGUGGCUGACUGGCGGAACUCCAAUCGCUACCCUGCGGUUAUUCUCUUCUAUGUCAAUGCAUGUUUCUUCGUGGGCAGCAUUGGUUGGCUGGCCCAGUUCAUGGAUGGUGCCCGUCGGGAGAUUGUUUGCCGAGCAGAUGGCACCAUGAGAUUUGGGGAGCCCACCUCCAGCGAGACCCUGUCCUGUGUCAUCAUCUUUGUCAUCGUGUACUAUGCCUUGAUGGCUGGAGUGGUCUGGUUCGUGGUCCUCACCUACGCCUGGCACACCUCCUUCAAAGCCUUGGGCACCACCUACCAGCCUCUCUCGGGCAAGACCUCCUACUUCCACCUGCUCACAUGGUCACUGCCGUUUGUCCUCACGGUGGCAAUCCUCGCUGUGGCCCAGGUAGAUGGGGACUCUGUGAGCGGUAUCUGUUUUGUGGGCUACAAGAACUACCGGUACCGUGCUGGCUUUGUACUGGCUCCAAUUGGCCUGGUGCUUAUUGUGGGCGGCUACUUCCUCAUCCGAGGGGUCAUGACUCUGUUCUCCAUCAAGAGCAACCACCCUGGGCUUCUGAGUGAGAAGGCCGCCAGCAAGAUCAAUGAGACCAUGCUGCGCCUGGGCAUCUUUGGCUUCCUGGCUUUUGGCUUUGUGCUCAUCACCUUCAGCUGCCACUUCUAUGACUUCUUCAACCAGGCUGAGUGGGAGCGCAGCUUCCGGGACUAUGUGUUGUGCCAGGCCAAUGUGACCAUUGGGUUGCCUACCAAGAAGCCCAUUCCAGACUGUGAGAUCAAGAAUCGGCCCAGCCUCCUGGUGGAGAAGAUCAAUCUAUUUGCCAUGUUUGGUACUGGCAUUGCCAUGAGCACCUGGGUCUGGACCAAGGCAACACUGCUCAUCUGGAGGCGUACCUGGUGCAGGUUGACUGGGCAGAGUGACGAUGAGCCCAAAAGGAUCAAGAAGAGCAAGAUGAUUGCCAAGGCCUUCUCUAAGCGACGUGAACUGCUGCAGAACCCGGGCCAGGAGCUCUCCUUCAGCAUGCACACUGUCUCCCAUGAUGGACCCGUGGCGGGUUUGGCUUUUGACCUCAAUGAACCUUCAGCUGAUGUCUCCUCUGCCUGGGCCCAGCAUGUCACCAAAAUGGUGGCUCGGAGAGGAGCCAUACUGCCUCAGGAUGUGUCCGUCACCCCUGUGGCAACUCCAGUGCCACCGGAGGAACAAGGCAACCUGUGGCUGGUUGAGGCCGAGAUCUCCCCAGAGCUAGAGAAGCGCUUGGGCCGGAAGAAGAAGCGGAGGAAGAGGAAGAAGGAGGUGUGCCCACUGGGGCCAGCCCCUGAGCUUCACCACCCUGCCCCUGCCCCUGCCCCCAGUGCGGUUCCUCGGCUGCCUCAGCUGCCCCGGCAGAAGUGCCUGGUAGCUGCAAACGCCUGGGGGUCAGGGGAGUCCUGCCGGCAGGGAGCCUGGACUCUAGUCUCCAACCCCUUCUGUCCAGAGCCUAGUCCCCAUCAAGACCCAUUUCUCCCUGGUGCCUCAGCCCCGAGGGUCUGGGCUCAGGGCCGCCUCCAGGGGCUGGGAUCCAUUCAUUCCCGCACUAACCUAAUGGAGGCCGAGCUCCUGGAUGCAGACUCGGACUUCUGAGCCUGCAGGGCAGGUCCUGGGAAAGGAAAGAUGAAUGCACUCUUUUCUGUGGCUCUUCUUCCUGAGAGCACACCUCUGGGGUCUUGUCUGACAGAGUCUGUGGGCCAAGUGCCUGCUAGAAGAUUUCUGUGUGUCUGGCUCAAAGCACCGGACUGUGGGAACAAGCUGAAUAUAGCCAUUGAUAGGUCUCAUGUCAGGAGCAGGACCCCCCUUGUCUCUGCUCCACCAACUACAGUCUGGAUGGCAGUGUCAGUCUCCAGCAGAGCUUGUACUAAGGCAGGAAUGGCAGAGGCAGGGGUGACAUUACCCAGAGUGGGAACCAAGCCCGUGUCUGGCAGAUGAGGGCUGGCUGCCCUUUUCUGGCACUCUCAGACCCAAAGUGUUUGUGUGUCAUUUGUCCUUGGUCUAAGUGGGGACAGGACUCUCUUCUUCCUCUUCUGGGUAGUUGUGAUGACCACUCUCAUAAGGACUAUAACUGCUCUCAACAGGUGGCCUGACCCCAAACAUCCUCCAUUUUCCUGUACCCUCCCCCACAUUUACAUCUCAUUCCACCAGACCAACCUCCUCUUCCUGCUUAGCACCCUAAAACUGCAGCAAACACUCACUCACACACACACACACACACACACACACACACACACACACACACACACACACCCUUACUACUGAGCUCAGUCUCCAGGUGAAGACUGGUUCCGCUCCAGGCCUCUAAGAGAGAUAUGUAUUUCUUCCGCAUGCUCAUCCAGUGGAGAUGGACCCUUUGACUUAAGGGGCUAUGUUGGGAAGCUUCUGUAGCUUGAGCUAGGCAAGAAAGCUUCUUCUGACUUCGGUAUCUGCUGGGAGGGGGGACUCCCCACUUUUUUACAAUGUCUAGUCAUGUUCAUAGUGCCCCACAUUCAAGAACCAGACAGCAGGAUGCCUUAGAAGCUGGCUGGACUCCAGGUCAGGGGAUCUGUAUAAGAAGAAGAAGAAGAAGAAAUAUAAACAGUAAAUAAAACGUUUUUGUAUAA